CGUCAAUGUCAAACACAUGCCACUGAUGUGCCACUGGUUUGACAUGUAAACACUGCAUAAUAUAGGUUAUAUUUUUAUGAAAUUACAUAAAAAUGGGCCGUAAAAUUCCAGCAAAAAAACAUCGUGGCGUGAAAGAUCCUUUGAAACAGCAAGAACAACGAUUUCAGAGCAUAAAAGACAAAAUAAAUGCUCCACCGACUGAUCCAGAUGAGCAACCCAUACCGAAGUCGCUGCAGCGUCUUUUUGCCUUCAAAGAGCCCCGGACACCCGCAUCUAUUGUGAAGAAAAAGAAGUCACGCUCAAUAGCAGCUCAUGCCAAGCGCGAUGAUAACCCUGUGGCAGCACUUAAGCGAAUGCCUGGUGAGGCAGGCCGUGCCUUCUCCAUGCGCAUCAAUAGUGCUGUGCGGGCGCUGCAUAAAACUGACCAGGAGGACUACCCUUUAGACCUUGAAGAGACGGACACCAGAGGCGAAUACAUAGCAUCGCAGCGCGAGCGACGACAGAAAAAGCAUCGUCAGGCCGUCGCCAAGGAAAAGGGGAUAGGGGGGCAAAAGGGGGCAAAGGGAGAGGAGCGUUUGAGCAAGGCACAGCGACGCGCGCUUAAGAGGAAGGAGCAGCAGAAAGCUAAGGAGGCUGAGACGAAAACAGCGCGUGAGCUAGCGGCACGCGAACUCACUUACGAGCGAGUCGCAUUCGGAGACGUCGCGCACGCGCCGCCCGCGCUGCCCGCGCCGCGCCGCGCGCAGCUACACCAGGGAGCACCCAGGCCUGGCCGUCGUGACCUCCUCCUAGCAGGCAUGCUCAAGCCGAGCGCUCAACCAACUGAACCCAAGACUCAACCGUCAAAGAAAACUCAAGCGAAAUCUCAGAUAAGCGCAGCGGAGCAAAUGCGACGCGAACGUGCGCGUUUGGAAGCCGUGGACGCGUAUAGGGCGCUGAAGAAACAGAAGGCGGCUGAAAAGGCCAAUCGGUGAUGUACUAACGUCGUCCUUAUGUCUUUGUAAUAAAGUUGCACUACGUGCGGUAGCAUGGUCGCGUUUUUAUCACUGGAGUUUUUAUUGUUACUGCUAGUUCGCGGUGUCAGUUUGUAAGUACAGUAACCUGCAAUACUUAAUAUGUUACUCUUCGAAGGCCGCAAAAAUAUCUGACACGAUCUUGUCUGUACAGCCAUAAAAGCGUGUCACAUAUUUUUGCGGUCUUCGAAGAGUAACAUAUUAUUGCAGGUGACUGUACAUAGCCCGAUAGCAGUGUGCUGUAUAAUAUUUUAAGGAAACUCACAAAAAAAAAUUAUAAAAUUAUCAUGAUUUUUUUUUUAUUGUCUCUAAUAACUUUACCCUUAUGACGAAACACCAACUCAAAACCAAUUAAACAUUAGAAAUAUUGUGUUAGGGGUCAACCAAAUAUGUAAUAAGAUUUCCAUAAUUUCACUUGAGUUGUUUUUUAGGGUUCCGUACCCAAAGGGUAAAAACGGGACCCUAUUACUAAGACUCCGCUGUCCGUCCGUCCGUCCGUCCGUCCGUCUGUCACCAGGCUGUAUUUCAUGAACCGUGAUAGCUAGGCAGUUGAAAUUUUCACAGAUGAUGUAUUUCUGUUGCCGCUAUAACAACAAAUACUAAAAAGUACGGAACCCUCGGUGGGCGAGUCCGAUUCGCACUUGUUCGGUUUUUUUAAUCCAACUGUCAGAUUUUGCGAUUUUGGUAUUACCAAGGGUCAUAAAAAUCAGUUUUUCGCGGAUAUCAAAAUUUCUAUAGCUCCAAUGUUGUUUAGGUACAUGUAGGUAAAAAUUAUAGAGCAUACAAUUUACGACAAGUUAGGUAUGAAACAUUUUUUUCAUGGGAUGGUCACAUAACACUGAAAGGUUAUGAACAGCUAUGCCUAUUAGGGAUAGAGAUAUUUAUUUUGCAACCAAUGUACUUAUUUAUAUUACAUACGAGUAGACUACAUAGUACCAUUUAGGCACAUGGACCCUGGUAGGGUAUCGCAAAAAUAUUAGCAAAGACAUAUGUAACUUCGUAUAGGACGAAUAAAGUCUAAGGAAAAAACGUGCCUCGGAAUUCAAGUAAAAGUCAUUCUCGAAUAGAUGCCGCACACACC